AUGACCCCUCAAAAAUGUAUCCAGUUGGCAGGAAGUCUUAGAUAUGCUGGCGUCGUCUUCGACACCUGUUACGGUUCGGACUCUCUCGAGUCGGCGUCGUUUGUGCCCACUGAGGGAUGUGGAACACCAUGCCCAGGAGAUAUUCAACAGAUUUGCGGCGGAAGCGUAGCCACAAACAUCACGAGGCUGCGGGCACGACAUUUCAGAUCACAGGUUUCCAAGCGAGCUGUCCCUGUCAGCGUCCUUCUUACCAUCUACGAACGGGUGGAUUCUUCUGUCGUGACCCCUGGCACAUCUACAACGACCAUUGCUGUUGGAGGUGACUCGAUCUUGCCAUCCACACCAAUCACUUUGCUUAUCUCAGCUGCAUCAGAGAGCGCCACUCCUGUCACGAAUGCAGUCACACCUCCAGGUCAGCUUACGACUGUUGAGAAUCCUCCUGAUCCUGCGGUUUCUUCACGGCUAAGCUCUUUCACGAGCGUGUUUACUAUUGACGGCGUCCCAACAACAUUGGUCGGGGCUAUCACGCCACCCGUCGCUGCUCCAAGCUCCCCCGCCGUCACAGAGAUUCCUGGUUCUGGAGACGAUGGCGAUGCACUGGAUCCUUCGUCUUCCGUCGGACUCGCCGGCUCACAAACUGUGCCCAACGUGGGAACACCCACCGCAGUUUCUGCUGCUGGGUUUGGAGAAGAAAGCGAUGUCUUGGAACCUCUUACCACGACUCUUGGUCUUGCAACAUCCAGAACUUCGCCGUCUCUGGCCAGCAGCAGUGCUGGCAGUCUCGGCGUCGACAUGCCCAUGACCUCCGUUGUGACCACGAUAAUAUACACUACCAUCAACCCAACAAAUCCCACAGCCCUCAUGGAAGCUGAACUUUGCUCCACGCUGUAUUUCCCAGACUGCGGUUGCCCAACGCAGGUUACGCCGACCGUCCCGAUGACUACGAUCGAGGCAUCUUGCAAUAGGUGCGGCUCCAAAGACGAGAGUUUAGUCACGCUUACCGUUCCGGAGAGCGCAUACAGAUCUCAACAGUCCGUCGUCGAAGAAAAGUAUCGUUCCGGGGGAAGCCGCCUACAGCCCCAACUAAGCAAGCUGUACCCCGAAGAGAGCCAAACCCAGCCGAGCAUGGUUGCUGUGGAGGUGGCACCAGCACGAACUGACUUACCGGACGCCGGCAAGCCAAUUGUUGUACCUCAAUCAUCUAUCGCACCUGCAGUGUCAGUCGUAACAGCAACUGCAGUCGGUUCUGGCGGGUCAGAUACUUCUGAAAACCAGGGCAACGCUUCAAACGGGUCUGGAAGUAAGGAUGCACAUGGCAAUACGGUGGUUUCUCCGGCCAACCCCGCAGCAUCUAUUGGUCCAGUUGGUGCGGCCGACACUAAUUCUGUUGCUGCAGCUAUUCCCACGCAGGCUGUCAGCUCAUCAAAUCCACAAAGCUCCAUACCAGGCUCCUCAGACGUCGCUGGUGCGGGUCCCGGUGUCGGUGGCACGAGUCCGGGCGGCUCGGACUUCGGCCCCGCGUCCGGCCCCAGCUCUGGCGAGAUGCCCUUGCCGCCCUCCUCGACCAAGUCAAAUACUGGCGGAUCGGUAUCCUCAAAACCGAGCACGGUGGUUGUUUCUGGUUCCUCUAGACUCCAGCAGUGGUUUGAUAGCUUCUUCUUUGGUUCUGCAACCUUGCUUUCUAUCACAUUGGUUCAUCUCAAUUAA